CAAAUAUUAGAUUAUAGAAUCAAUGACUCAAUGUACGUAGUUCACUAGUACGUACACAAAAUAUUUUCGAGAACUUUUUAAUAUUUUACAUUUUAAGCGUCGUUUCUACUUUGUUGUGAAUUUGUUUCAAAAUGGCAGACCCGCUAACUUUUUUAAGGACAUACAAUAUAAAUAAAAAAGAAAUCAUAAUUAAGGACAACCACAUAUUAUUUGGUGAUUUAUCAUGGCCAAAAACUGUUAAUACAAACUUCUUGAUGUAUGGUUCUGGUAAAGAUGGUGCACCAAAAGAGUAUUAUACAUUGGAAUGCCUAUUAUUUCUAUUAAAGAAUGUUACUCUCACGCAUCCAGUAUAUGUGCGACAAGCAGCUGCUGAAAAUAUACCAGUUGUAAGAAGACCAGAUCGAAGAGAACUUCUAGCUUACCUAAAUGGCGAAUUAUCUACAUCUGCUAGUAUUGAUCGCAGUGCUCCUCUUGAAAUUCCAACUCAGGUUAAACGAAGUGCUGUGGAAGAUGUACAAGAAUCAGUUGCUAAAAAACCUCGUAUGGAAGAUACUUUACAAGUUCAAAGGGUUAAACAACAAUUGGCUGCACGUUUGGAUGCACCUAAAGAGUCUGCUGUCAAUGUUGAUAAUAUAAAAUCUCUUUCGGAAGCUAUGUCUGUUGAAAAAAUUGCUGCAAUUAAAGCCAAACGUUUGGCAAAAAAACGUACUACCAUUAAAGGACAUGAUGAUAUAGGUCUUGGUCCAGAUCUUAGAGUUAUGUUGGAUUUUGAUGUUGAUAUAACAAAAGACAUCAUUAAGCGUGAAAGACAAUGGAGAACCCGUACUACUAUUUUGCAAAGCAASGGAAAAGUUUUUGGAAAAAAUAUUUUUGCAAUACUUCAAUCUAUUAAAAACCGCGAAGAUGGUAGAUCACGUCCAUCACAUAGUAUGUCAACUACACCACGUGUAGCACCUCCUAAACCAACCAUACCACAGCCAACUGUUUAUAACCGUUAUGAUCAAGAAAGAUUUAUUAAAUCAAGAGAAGAUACGGAAGGUUUUAAAAUUGAUACUAUGGGUACAUAUCAUGGUAUGACGUUGAAAUCUGUGACUGAAGGAACAGUUCCAAAAAAACCAGUAGCUACUGUCACUCCUGUACAACAAUCUUCUCGGUCUGGUCCACAUUUUACGGAAAACGAGAUUUUGGCCAAAUUGACUGCUUCUCAACAAGCCAAACAAAGAAUAUCAAGGACUCCAAUAAUUGUCAUUCCUGCAGGACAGUCUUCAUUAAUAUCUAUGCAUAAUGCUCGAGAAAUCUUACAAGAACUGAAAUUUGUAUCAACUGAAGAAAAAAAACAAAAUGGUUCAAAGCGUGAUAAUGAAUUACUUUUACAACGUCGCAAAGAUGGGGGUAUGACAGUGCCUUACCGUGUGGUUGACAAUCCUCAAAGACUGACACAAGGAGAAUGGGACAGAGUUGUAGCUGUAUUUGUUAUGGGACCAGCAUGGCAGUUUAAAGGAUGGCCAUGGGACGGCAAUCCUGUAGAAAUUUUUUCUAAAAUAUGUGCAUUUCAUUUAAAAUUUGAUGAAAUGAAAUUGGAUGCAAAUGUGGCCAAAUGGGCUGUUAAUGUUUUGCAAAUAUCAAGGACCAGACGUCAUUUAGAUAGAGCAACCCUUAUGGUAUUCUGGGAAAAAUUAGACAGACACAUAUUGAAGUAUAAACCAAGCUUACGAUUUUAGAUAAUAGUAGAAAUAACGACAAUUGAUUAAUCCUUGAGCUGGUACUACAUUUUUCAAUAAUUACGGUAUUGCUCAUUAUUGCAGUAAUACAGUAUUAAAGUUAAUUGAAAUAUUGUUUAUUUUAAUUUAUACUUUGUUUUAAAUGUAUUUCAAAAUUGUUUCUUUUUAUAGUUGAUUUUAAAAAAAUGUAACUUUUCCCAAUUGUUUAACUCAAUCCAUCAAUUUAGGUCUUAUUUUAGUUUUAAAUUACUAAGUCUCCUUUUUAUUUUGUUUAUUGUUUCUUGUCUAACAUUAUUUUGUAUUAAAAAAUAUUGAAAUAUUUAAGAACUUUUUGUACUGCAAAACUGUAUAUAUUGGAAAUUAUUCAUUAUCAUAAUUUUAAAAACUGACGAGGCAGUACCUAUUAUUUUUUUAUGCUAUC